AUGAUUCGAAUGGUGUUCUUCCGCAGCGUAUCGGCCUUAAGUAGGCUGAGGUCUCGCGUCGGGCAACAAUCCUCGCUCAGCAAUUCGGUCAGAUGGAUUCAGAUGCAGAGCUCUACCGAGUUGGACCUGAAGUCGCAGCUGCAAGAGUUGAUUCCGGAACAGCAGGACCGUCUGAAGAAACUGAAGUCAGAGCAUGGGAAGGUCCAACUGGGAAACAUCACUGUUGAUAUGGUAAUUGGUGGGAUGAGAGGGAUGACUGGAUUGCUCUGGGAAACCUCAUUGCUUGACCCAGAAGAGGGAAUACGCUUUAGGGGCUUGUCGAUUCCUGAGUGCCAGAAAGUUUUACCUGCUGCCCAGUCUGGAGGAGAACCAUUGCCAGAGGGGCUUUUGUGGCUUCUUUUAACUGGAAAGGUACCUAGCAAAGAACAAGUUGAGGCACUGUCAAAAGACUUGGCGAGCCGUGCUGCUGUGCCAGAUUAUGUGUACAAUGCCAUCGAUGCUCUGCCUUCCACAGCUCAUCCAAUGACUCAAUUUGCAAGCGGUGUUAUGGCACUCCAGGUGCAAAGUGAGUUCCAAAAGGCGUAUGAGAAUGGAAUUCACAAGACAAAGUUCUGGGAGCCAACAUACGAGGAUUGCCUGAACCUGAUUGCUCGUGUUCCUGUUGUAGCUGCAUAUGUGUAUCGGAGGAUGUAUAAGAAUGGCGAUUCCAUUCCCUCAGAUAAAUCUUUGGAUUAUGGUGCCAAUUUUUCCCACAUGUUGGGAUUUGAUGAUGAUAAGAUGAAAGAGCUCAUGAGACUUUACAUCACUAUCCACAGUGAUCACGAAGGUGGAAACGUUAGUGCUCACACUGGUCACUUGGUCGGUAGUGCACUUUCCGACCCAUAUCUGUCGUUUGCCGCUGCAUUGAACGGUUUAGCUGGGCCACUCCAUGGUUUGGCUAAUCAGGAAGUUUUGCUUUGGAUCAAAUCAGUUGUCGAGGAAUGUGGAGAAAACAUAUCGAAAGACCAGUUGAAAGAAUAUGUGUGGAAAACACUUAACAGUGGCAAGGUUGUUCCCGGAUAUGGACAUGGUGUUCUUCGCAAAACUGAUCCAAGAUAUGUAUGCCAAAGAGAGUUUGCCUUGAAGCAUUUACCUGAUGACCCUCUUUUCCAGCUGGUAUCAAAGCUUUAUGAAGUUGUACCUCCUGUUCUCACCGAACUCGGCAAGGUGAAGAACCCGUGGCCAAAUGUUGAUGCUCACAGUGGAGUAUUGCUCAACCACUAUGGUCUAACCGAAGCAAGGUACUACACCGUUCUCUUUGGUGUGUCAAGGAGUCUUGGCAUUUGCUCUCAGCUAAUAUGGGACCGAGCUCUUGGACUUGCACUCGAGAGGCCAAAGAGUGUUACAAUGGACUGGCUUGAUGCCUACUGUAAGAAAGCUUCAUCUGCUUGA